CUCUCUCUCUCUCUCUCUCUCUCACUAGCCUUUUUGCAAAACCCGUUUCAAUGAUUCCUCCAAGUAUCUCGUUCCAUGCUGAAAAGCUCCUCUUUUUGGCUCUCUUCUCUUUCGUGACCGUCGUGACCUCCAGUGACGGCACUCACCUAGCGGUGGCACAAAGCAGUAACAACAACAACGCCACAAUGAUUCCAGUGAACGUUGGGGUGGUUCUUGAUCUGGAGACGUGGGUGGGUCAAAUGGGAUUGAGCUGCAUUAACAUGUCUCUCUCUGACUUAUAUAGUUCAAACCCUUCGUACAAGACCAGGCUCGUCCUCAACGUUAGAGACUCCAAAAGAGAUGAGGUUACCGCUGCUGCUGCAGCACUUGAUCUGAUAAAGAACAAACACGUCCAAGCCAUAAUAGGCCCUCAAAGUUCAGUGCAAACAGACUUCCUCAUUCACCUUGGAAAGAAAUCUCAUGUGCCCAUCAUCUCUUUUUCUGCUACUAGUCCUUCCCUCAGUACUAUUCGAAGACCAUACUUCAUUCGAGCUGUGCAAAAUGACUCGUCCCAAGUGAAGGCCAUAAGCGCAGUUGUGCAAGCUUUUUGCUGGAAAGAAGCAGUCCUCAUAUAUGUGGACAACGAGUUCGGAGAAGGCGUCAUACCUUUCCUUAUCGAUGCUUUGGAAGAGAUCGACACGCGAGUGCCCUAUAGGAGCCUUAUUCCUCCUUCGGCCACGGACAAUCAAAUCCUACUGGAACUCUACAAGUUAAUGACGAUGCAAACUAGGGUCUUCAUUGUGCAUAUGUCACCUACCCUUGGUUCUCGGCUAUUUGCCAAAGCAAAAGAGGUAGGAAUGAUGAGCAAAGGUUAUGUGUGGAUCUUGACUAAUGGAAUAACCGACCAAUUGAAUUUGGUGGAUUCAUCUGUUGUCGCUAGUUCAAUGCAAGGAGUACUGGGCAUCAAGACUUAUGUCCCAGACACGCAAAACUUGGACAACUUCACGGUCCGAUGGAAGAUAAAAUUCCAACAAGACAACCCAUCCGUCCUUAAUCCUACGUUGAAUAUUUUUGGAUAUUGGGCUUAUGACAAUGCUUGGGCUCUGGCAAUGGUUGUUGAGAAAAUGGGUGCAGCAAAUUUUACAUUCCAGAUGAAUGCUUCAACAGAUGCAACGGAUCUCGACACUAUUGGGAUCUCUCAAAAUGGUAAGGAACUUCUCCAAGAACUAGCCAAUACGAAUUUCACAGGCCUCGCUGGAAAUUUUAGCCUCGUCGAUGGGCAGUUAAAGUCAUCAGCGUUCCAGAUUGUUAAUAUCAAUGGAAAUGCAGCAAGAGGGAUCGGGUUUUGGACUCUAGAAAAUGGGCUGCUAAGAGAUUUGAAGUCAUUGCACGCAAGCAAAUAUUCCGCUUCUAACAGUAAUCUCAAAUCAGUAUUGUGGCCAGGAGAUUCGACCUCUGUUCCUAAGGGUUGGGAGAUUCCCACGACUGGGAAGAGGUUGAAAAUCUUAGUUCCCGUGAAGGACGGUUUCAAUCAAUUCGUGAAGGUGACUCGGGAUCCAAGCACAAAUACAUCCCAAGUCACCGGAUAUUGUAUCGACAUCUUUCAAGCCGUGAUAGAAAAAUUGCCUUAUGUUGUGGCUUACGACCUUAUUCCAUUUGCCUUGCCUAAUGGAAGUAGCGCUGGCAGUUAUAAUGACAUGAUCGAUCAAGUAUUUUACCAGAAUUAUGAUGCAGUGGUGGGUGAUACAACGAUCAUUGCGAACAGAUCAUUGUAUGUGGAUUUCACCUUACCAUACUCCGCAACGGGGGGUGUGAUGGUCGUGCCAUACAAGGACAACAAGAGCAAGAAUGCUUGGGUUUUCUUGAAGCCACUCACUUGGGACCUUUGGUUAACAACAGGAUGCUUCUUUGCGUUUAUAGCAUUGGUCGUGUGGAUUCUUGAACAUCAGAUUAACGAAGAUUUCAGGGGUCCGGCCGUGCAUCAAGUUGGCACGAGCUUUUGGUUUUCCUUUUCAACCAUGAUCUUUGCACAAAGAGAGAGAGUACUUAGCAACCUAGCGAGAUUUGUUGUGAUCGUGUGGGUUUUCGUGGUACUUAUACUUACACAAAGUUAUACCGCAAGCUUGAGCUCUUUUUUGGUGGUGAAAAAUCUUCAACCAACUGUGACUGAUGUGGAUCAGCUCCUAAAGAGUGGAGAAAAGGUGGGAUACAAAUAUGGCUCUUUCGUUUAUGGAAUGCUAAAGCAAAUGAAGUUCGAUGAUUCCAGACUUAUAUUGUAUCACUCUCCUAGAGAAUGCGAUGCGCUUCUUUCCAAUGGAAGCGCAAAGGGCGGGAUCGCAGCGGCAUUCGACCAAGUCCCCUACAUGAAACUAGUUCUUUCUCAAUAUUGCAACAAAUAUACAAUGAUCCCGGCAUUUAAAACUGCUGGAUUUGGCUUCGUUUUCCCCAAAGGGUCUCCACUAGUUACGGAUAUUUCGCGAGCAAUCCUCAAUGUAACUGAAGGGCCUACAAUGACGGAAAUUGAAAACGCGUGGUUUACACCAAAAACCAACUGCCUGAAUUCUAUUUCCUCGGUUUCUUCCAACAGCUUGGGUCUUGACAGUUUCUGGGCUUUAUUCUUGAUUGUUGGAGUUGUUGCAGUCUUAGCUCUCCUCAUUUUCAUGGUCACGUUCAUCAAAAGAAAUUGGCGUGAAGUAACAAGUUCUUCAGGUUCAUUGUGGGGGAAAAUUGUUUUAUUGGGAAGAAGAUUUUACCAAAGAGACCUCAAUUCCCAUACUUUAAGGAAAGGCAGAUUUAAAGAUAGAAGUAUGGACGAUGGUGGCAAUGAGAUUGUAGCAGUUGAAACUUUAGAAAACACUAACUUCCCCCCGAGCCCGUCAAGUGACUCCAUCCAAAUCAAUGACGUUUUAACCAAUGAGCAGGGCACACCAUCUCAAGAACAAGGAUUUCCUAAUCGUGUGGACGAAGGGUGGCUUGAGAUAGCGAUAAACGUCGAGCCUUGCAAUGUCAAUUAAGAGAGGUACAUGCCUCUAGAACCUUAGAUUCUAAACUUUAAUCCUUGAGUAGUUGAACUUUGUGUAGUAAGAUGACAAUAUCUUCCCCCUCAUUCCCUUCUCACGUAAGGUCUUCCAUUGAUACUGCCUAUUGUCUAAUCACACCCAGGGGAGAUUAUAUGAAGGUAUUAGCUUCACUUAUCUAUAAUGUAAUUGGCGAUGAAAGUGCUUAUUGUUAUUUUGAUUACGUUCCGCAAAGUAUUCAAACUUAGAAACAGAACACGACUUCUUAAAUUAAUGUCUAAUAUCUUUAUAUUAUGAGAAA